GACCCUCUUCCUCGUACAUACCUGUCUAUUAUUAAUGGUCCAGGACAAGGACACUACCGAAGCACCAUGGAGCUACCGGGGGUCCCAGUGAGGGGGAUGACGGCAGGACAAGGGCCGUCAUUUGUGGUGCGAUUCACAGGCGAUGGGAAGUACUGCCUCGUGGCAGGCCAAGAUCGCACCGUCCGGCUCUAUAACCCGCACCGUGCUGACCCAGACAAGGAAGGGACAACCAAAGCGGGAGAGCUCGAGCAAGCCCUCCUUGUCAAGAGCUAUGCAGGGCCCCAUGGGUACGAGGUGUUGGACGUUGCAGUAUUGGCGGACAACUCCCGCUUCGUGUCGUGCGGCGAGGACAAGGCGGCCUUCUUGUGGGAUGUCAGCACGGGUGCCGUUGUUCGGAGGAUACAGGGCCACGAGCAGCGCAUAAAUUCUUGCUGCUUCGGUGCCGAGGGCAGCGUGCUCUUCACCGCAUCGUACGACAAGACGGUCCGAGCGUGGGACAUGCGCUCCAGAAACCGCUCUCCGAUACAGACCCUCGAGGGCUGCAAAGACAGUGCCACCUCCGUGUGCACAACUCCCUCGGGGGACGAGGUGGUGGUGGGCUGCGUGGACGGGAAGGUCCGCACGUACGACUUGCGCGGCGCGCGGGUCCACGAGGACGAUGUCCACGCCCCGGUGACGCACGCCAGCGUGUCUCACGAUGGGAACUGCCUGCUGGUCACGUGCCUGGGUGGCGUCGUGCGGCUGCUCGAGAAGUCUUCGGGGUCUCAGCUCAACACGUACACCGGGCAUCUACACAAGAGCUACCGGAUGGAGAGCUGGCUUGCCAACACCGACGCGCAUGUGAUCAGCGGUUCCGAGGAGGGGCACGUGUACAUUUGGGAUAUCGUGGAGGGCAAGGUGACGAGGAGACUCGAACAACACCGCCGUCCCGUGUGCAGCAUGUCCUACCACCCCAGCGAAUCUAUGCUCCUCACGGCGUCCUACGAUGGUUCGGCGGUGCUUUGGGCUCCAUAGGCAAAAGACGUUGUCAAUAGAUCGAGUGUGGUGUGAUGGUGGCCACGUGUCCAUCGUGUCAAAGUCCGUCGUGCUGGGGCCUAGUGUGUGCAUUGUCGACGGAGAGAGCCAGACUGAUGUUCGUGGUUCCUGUGAAGUGCGAGUAAAGCUCUCUUCUCCGUCUCUGCUGCGCUUCGCUCCCUUCUAGCGGUAUGCAUAGUACUGUGUGUGCUGCCCGCAAACAGACACGGGUUUGGUUUGGCGUGUUCGUUGAGAGAACCGUACCCUCAACACUUGGUGGCAAGACCGCCUUGGAUUUCUCGUCAUUUUGCGGCGGGAUUGCGUCAUCGAAGACUGGUUGGGUUUUUGGUGGGGGCUACACUGCAGACUCUCCACUAACCAUCAACCGCAACUCCCUCACACUUACCCUUACGGCUUCCCUUGGCCUUGGGGUUCUCUUCUCCUGUCUGACUGCGGCGCUCUUUCGCUUUGGUACGAACGACAGGUCC